CCGGAAGAUAGGCACAGACGAGGGUGCUAAGGAGGAGGCAUUUGAGGUUGGAACGGGCCCACCUCACAUCUGCAGCCUCUGCAACCUAGUGAGAUGAACUGCAUCAAGGACUUGCGAGAGCUUGUAGACAGGAGGAGUGAGGACAAGAGAAGAUCAGAACGUGGUAUCUGGACCUCCAAUGUGAGGGGCUCUCUAAAAAUGGAGAGGAUUGAUGCAAGAAAGAAGAAGAAAGAGGAAGAACUCACAGAAAACAUUGGGCUUCCCCUGAAUCUGCUGGAAAAACAUAACCCUUGGCCAGCCUAUGUCACAUAUGCCUCCCCAGUUGUGAAAAAACUCAUCGAGAAGAGCAAAGCUAGAGAACUGGAAUGCAUGCAAGCUCUGGAGGAAAGCCGACGGACAUUAAGGCAGAACAAGCCUUUCAGUGUCAUCCAACUGAAGAGGAAAAAGUCAUCCAAGUCCUCUGGCAACAUGCUGUUCAAGGACACGAGAUCAGAGACCAUGUUAUCGGUGUGGGGCACCUGCUCUGUAUCGCCCAUGGGUCCCACUGUUAUCCCAGAACCCACCCACGUUCAUACAGAUUCCAGAGACAGUCCCACCGCAAACUAUAACAAAAUCAUCUUCGCUCGAAAACCUAUGAUGAGGAUGCUUCCGUAUGGCUCACUUCUGGUCAGCAAGGAGAAACAUCCAAAUGUUUAGCAAGGAGUCCCUGCAGCCAUCCCCCAAGACUGUACAGCAAUUAAGAUCCAUUUGCCACAAAUUUCACUAUGUUCUUUAGAUUCGA